CAGAGAUUCAUGCACAUGCACCUUUACUAGACUAGCCAGAUACCAUUAUCUGCCUCCCACUGACGCUGGAUCAUUAGUCCUGCAUCCCAACGGGCCGGGAGGUGAGCACUCGGGCAGGCCAGCCAGCCCACUCGGCUGCUGUGUGGGCGGCGCAGCAGGCCGGGAUCAACUGGCAGGACCCUGGCUUGCCCCGGGAUUGAUCGACAUACAGAUUUAUAUAGAUACUGGGGCGCGCUCCACUUUCAACCUCAGGUCUUCGAGAUAUUUCUCACCUUGGAGGCGGCUUGAUUCCUCUCUCCCUCUCUCUUCCUUCCCCCUCCAUUUCAUUGGGCAUCACCCUCACACCGAAGCAAGCUGCACCACACCUGCCAGAUCAUGCCUCACGAUGAACAGCCAGCAGGUCUUGUGCAGAACGGGCACGCCAACAAAAAGCAGCAUGUCAAGCCCGAUGAUGGCUUCCCCACCUACCAGCUCACCAUCCUCGCGAUCUGCCGCUUCUCGGAGCCCAUAGCGUUCAACUCAAUCCUGGCCUACACCUACAUCAUGGUGCAGGACCUCAACGGCACCGACGUCAAUGCCUCCUUCUACGCUGGUCUCCUUGUCUCCGCGUACGCCGUCGCCGAGGCAUUGACCUCGAUGCUGUGGGGAGCAGUGUCUGAUCGGUAUGGGCGGAAGCCCGUCGUACUGUUUGGCCUGUGUGGAGUCGCCAUUUCCAGUCUCAUCUUUGGCCUCGCCAAAACAUACUGGGUGGCCCUGCUGGCUCGGUUCGUUGGUGGCAGCCUGAACGGGAAUGUGUCCGUCAUGCAGACGAUGGUGGCCGAGAUGGUCAAGAAGCCAGAGCAUGAGCCCCGGGCAUAUGCGGUCCAGCCGUUUGUUUGGUUCCUCGGCAGCAUUAUUGGGAGUGCGAUGGGUGGUUAUCUGGCACAACCCGCCAAAUUCUAUCCCGGUUUCUUCUCUCAGGAUGGCCUUUUUGGCCAGUAUCCCUAUCUCCUACCCAACCUUGUCUCCGUUGCGGUCAUUGUCGUUGCGGUUGUCCAGGGAAUCAUUUUUCUCGACGAAACGAACCCUCAGUUCGUGAAGGAGAGCCUGGAGCAGACGCAUGCGGCAGAUGGCGAACAAGAUGACGAGUUUACCCCUCUGAUGCGGACGGCCAGCCAGCCAAGGUCGAUCAUGGAAGAGAUCCGCCACGGGGACCGACCCUUCAUCGCCGAGGAAGGGCUGCCGACAGCGACGGAUCAGCGUUUCGACCUGAGGCAUAAUUCCUUUGGGACUAUGCACUCGAUACAAGUACGACCCGAGCUCCAGGAUCUGCAACAGGGCGGCCCGAAUGCGGAAGGGCCAGCCAAAAGCGAGGAGAAAGCUUUCAACUUCGCCGUCGUCAUGCUUAUCCUUGCCCUCGUCAUUGCUGCCUUCCAUCAGAUGGCAUUCGGUGCCAUUCUCCCCAUCUAUUUGCUAGACGCGCCCUCGUACAACUCGACAGUCGCAACAUCGCCCCAGCUGGACCUUUCCGGUGGCAUGGGCUUCAGCCUGCACGACGUCGGUGGAUUCCUCGCAGUCAACGGCUUCAUUGCCCUUUUCAUCCAAGGCGUUAUUUUCCCUUUCUUUGUCGAGAGCACAGGCGUCUGGCUGUCUUUUCUGAUCCCCAGCAUCCUCUAUCCGGUAUGCUAUGUCAUGAUGCCGUUUCUGUCUCUGCUGAGGCCAGUGGGGCAGGGCGACGAGGCCCCAGACUCGGCAACCCUAUCCGCCGGCAUAUACGUCACACUGUUCUUGCAGAACUUUUUCGGCAUCAUUGUCACACCUUGCGCUCUGAUUCUGCUCAAGAACGCCUGCCCUUCACCAUUGGUUCUCGGCCGCGUCAAUGGUCUUGCCAUGAGUGCUGUGUGCAUAGCUCGGACGAUCAGCUCUCCACUGGUCGGUGUUUUUUAUGAUGUGGGCGGGAGUGCCGCUGCUUGGUUUGGCUGUGCUGUGGUUGCAAUCUUGGGCGCCGUUCAGCUUUGGUGGGUGCCUAAAGACAAAGUAGUGGGGAGUGGCUCGGAGACAAUGGAGGUACAUGUAGAGAGCGCGUUUGUUGGUCAUCAAGAGGUUUCUGUUUUUGACGAUGAAGAUGAGGAACAACACGAGAGGACAUGAAUGAGGGCGAGGAACUCAAAGGCCGUCUCUUCAAAAGAGGGCCGAGUAAUCAAGAUAGCUCGUAGUAGUCAGUUAAUAAUCACCACCUGAAAACAUGGUGCGC